AUAGGUGUCGAGGCAUCGGGCGAAGGAUCUCAUAUUCGUGAGAACGGCUCCUCACAGGACAUCUGGCCAAAGGAUUCAGUGCGGAGGCCAGCUACCAGCGGUACGAGGAAGACGACGCCUCCAUGUACGGCUCCUUCCCUUCGAAGGCGGGAGGCGACAGAGGUGGGCACCUCUCCUACGCUUCGCCCUUGCUGCCCGAAGGCUCAGGCGACGGAAGGGGGUAUUCUUCUACGGGAAGCAGCGGCGUCGAGGGCGGUGGAAGAGCGGGGUUGGUGUGCCGCCUGGACGAUGAAUACGGAGAGGAAGGGGGCGGCCUGGAGGGCAGCAGAGGAGGAGGGGGCGGUCUGGACGUCAGCUACAUCCGAGGGGGAACGAAGGCCUCCCUGGAGGGCAGGAGAAGAGAUUUGGGAGGGGGAGUUGGAGGGGCCCUUGGAGUGGUGGUAGGCAGCGGGAGGGAACUCCUGAGUGAGGAAGCCACUUCCUUAAUCACUGAAGAAGACAUCGACCUCGGGAGACAAAUGACCGUGAGGCUCUUCAGCGGAGGAAUGACGCCGGAAGCGUCAUUAUAAACGAAGGAGGAGGUCUUCUUCUUCUUUUUCUUCUUCAGGAGGCACCUUCCUCCUCACUUCUCAUUCUUCUUCUUCUUCUGUCUCCAUUGUUGUGGACGUUUCGCUAUUUAUUUGGAGUCUCUCUCUCUCUCUCUCUCUCUCUCUCUCCAGGUCCUUAGAAAGCCGUUGUGCAACGCCCAAGACUCUCGUGUGAGGAGAAGGAAGAGUGUCCUUAAUUGAAUCAGAAAUGGAAAUGAUAAGUCUGAUCGCGUACAGAAAAAUGUGUAUGGACCAGCUACUGUUACGUAGCGCAAGGAAUCACUAAUGUCUAAUAGACUACAGAUUUGUACAUUUAAACUUCUUCUCCUCAUGCAAUAGGAGAGGUGGUAUAACAUUUCAUCUCGUUAUAUUCAACUAAAUAUCAGUGCAAAGAGUUUCGUGGAGUUAUACGUAGAUCGGAUCACGAACGAGUGAGAGUUUCAAAGUCAAUUUUUCUACUUCGUUUACAAAAUCUAUUUACAAUUUUUAUGCGCAUUUAUUGUUAUCUUGAUGAAAUAUGAAAAAGGUUAUAUUUUGUAGUGCUACUGAUAUAAAGUUACGAGUUUUAAAAAGUUGUGACAAUGAAAAGAGCUUGACCAUUUAAAAGAAGAUUUGACAUUUUGCGUCACCGGGACCCUUUGGCAUUCAGACCUUCAAGAAGGUUACUAAUACAAAGCUACUACGCUUCUCGAUGGAAAGACAUAAAGAAAAUAUUUUUAAAAAGUUUCUGGCCGCAGCAUGAAACAUAUUGGGACACUGGAAAAAAAACGUUUCACCGGAGGGAGACUUAUUAGGACCCACAGAUAUGCUCAACAACCCGUAAAGCCAAUUUUGAUGUCCGUGAACCCCAUGUGUACUAUGUAUAUGUAUCGUUUCUAAUGGCGAUUCGAAACCAGGAUCGCCCCGUUGGUAGUUCCUUAUAGUAAGAAACAUAUCAUAAUGAUAUGAAAGUAUGGUGCAGUGCCGCCAGCUUUUGUACGUACGAGUACAAAGAAUAUUUCCCCGUUUCUCUUUCAUCGCCGUUUCCUCAUAGUUACUAUAGUAGAUUCACAUCAACUGUGCAUCUGAUGUCUUGGACAGUCCCUUCCGACGCUCCCGAUUGGCUAUUCAUAAGCCAAUCACGGGGCUGGAAACUCUCCUCAGUCUCUCUCGAGAGAGUUCACAUGGGUAGGAUCUAUGUUCCACCUCUCCUGAGGGAUACUUCUUUCAAAAGUAUCCCUAGGAGAGGUGGAACCUACAUCCUGCCUAUGUGAACUCUCGAGAGAGACUGAGGAGAGUUUCCAGCCGUGUGAUUGGCUUAUCAAGAGCCAAUCAGGAGCGUCGUAUGGGCCUUGCCUAGACAUCAGAUGCACAGUUGAUGUGAAUCUGCUAUAGUACCUCGAGAUGGACACACCCACUACAGCAGCAUUUUCCGAUUAGUCUUAAUAUAAAAAAAAAAUAUGUACAGUGUCGGUUCAACCUCUUACUGUGUAAAUCUUGGAAGGAGGACUUCGUCUAUAUUAUCCCUCAGAAAUCAGUUUUCCACUUGUUUUUACUCAUUUUUAUGGAUAGUAAGUCUAUAAAGUGAUCUUCAUCCCCUUACUGUGUAAUCUUGGAAUAAGGAUGUGGUACAUAUCACCCUUCAGAAAUCAGUUUUACACUUUUUUUUUUUAAUCAAAUUUUAUUGGUUUUAAAUCUUCAGAGUGCUCAGCCAAUUAAAAGGGAUUGCAGUAUCAAAGACUGUUUUCUAUAAGUAAUCUUGUUUACAAUAUUUUGUUAUUAUCUGUCAAACAUUAAUUUUUGAAAUAAAAUUCUCGCAUUCAUACCUUAAAAAUACAUCCAUUUAAGAAUAAUGGUUACAUUUGACUUAUAUCUUGAAAGAUAGAACUUAACACAAAACAUUUUCUCACGUUUUAUUUACAUUGCUUAAAUCAUUCAGUUUCAAAAGUUAUAUAUAUAUAUAUCACAGAACAUAUCAUCAUCAUCAUCAUAAUGUUUGCAUGCAGUUAAAUUUGUCGUGAUGUCUGAAGUAAAAUGAAAAACAUUACCA